AUGAUGUAUAAACCACCUGAACCCAACCCUACGGUUGACAACAAGUUUCGAGUGUUCGCAACAUCGGUGUACUCCGUUUUGAAGCGUUUCUCGAAAAAAAAACGCGUAAAUUUCAAUCUCUCUGUUGCGCAACGCCGAGGCAUACGUGAGAUUCGCAAUCUUAUUACAGCUGGAGAGAUCAAGGUCUCCGUUAGUGACAAGGGAGGCGAAUUUGUUGUUCUAUCACGUGAACUAGACAAGGCGAUAACGAGACAGCAUCUUGAGGAUGACGGUCUAUAUGUCCCAUCCUCCGCCAAUGAGUUUAGAAAGCAAUAUCGCCGCCUAAACAGGGUUUGGGUAGAAACAGCUGGAACAGCAGGCCUAUCAAAAAACCUUAUUACACGUCUCAAGAACGACUUAUCCGCAUGUCCAGUCCUAUACACGCUAAUCAAAACUCACAUGCUCUCUGAAAAUGGCCCUCUAUGUCCCUGCACACCUCAGCAGUUCUAA